GCUUACUGAUGACGUAUUUCCACGCGACCUGCUUCGUUCGUAAACAGACGGAGGAGUAAACGGCGGUUUAACGCCCAGGGACACCGCUUUGAACAUGGCGGUGUGUAACUUUUUCCUCCAGGGUCGCUGUCGGUACGGGGAGAAAUGCUGGAAUGAGCACCCGGUGGGAGGAAGCAGAGGAGGGGGAGGAUAUAACCAGAGUUACAGCCGCUCCGGGGGUCAGCAGCAGCAGUCAAGAGGAGGAGGAGGAGGAGGCUUUGGGAACCGGGUUUGGGUGAAUCCCUCCCAGCAAAGAGGAGGUUAUAUCCAACCUUCAUCCUUCUCGUCACAGGGAAGCACUGACUGGGGAUCUGGGAGUGAAGGAGGAGGAGGAAGAAGAGAAAAUGUGAAGAGCUCCAACUUCAGCUUCUCCACUCAGAAUCGGUUCUCUGCUCUCAAUACUUCCAAUGCAUUUGACAAGGGAAGAAGAGGAGGAGGAGGAGGAUCAGCUGCGGAUGAAGACGAUGAUAAGAAACUGGAAAUCAUCCAGGUGGACAUAGAUGCUUGGGAGAGCUCAGGACAGUGGGGCUUCUCAUGUUACUCUCCCUUUAAGGCGCCCAUAUCUGGCUUCACUGAUCUGUCUCCAGAGGAGCUCAGGCUGGAAUACUACUCCACCAAAGCAUCUGGAGAUCUGCAAGGCUAUCUGAAUGGUGUAAAUCAGCUGCUUAGUCAGUGGAAAAGCAGAAUCCAAGAGCUAAAGAUCAUGAGUCCUUCCACACGUCAGGCUUUGCUUGCAGAGUUGAAUGGAAAAGCUCCACAGUCUUCGAUUGGCUUCGGUUCCACUACGGCACCCGGAUUUGGAUUCUCCACAUCCGGCUUUGGAAGUAAAGGCUUGGGUGCUUCAGCUCCAGCCAGUACCGGCACCUUCGGUUUCCCUGCUCCAAGUUCUGGAUUUGAUGCUUCGUCUACGUCUUCGCCUUCAACCGGCUUCGGUAGCCUUUUAUCGGCUCCAACGCAACCCCCGUCUGGGUUCGGCGCUCCCUCCGCACCGUCUGCUUCAUCCUUUUCCUUCGCCCCCUCGAACGCAGCGUUUAGCCCCUCCACCACUGCAGCGAACAGCGGGGGAGGGUUUAGGAGUGCGUUCGGGGCAGACGGCAGCACCUUUAAAGCAGCGGCUGCUUCACCCGCAGCUGGAGAGGCUGCAGACGGACUGUUCUCAGCUGAGAGCAAACUAACCCAGGAAGAAGUGAAUCAGUUUAAAGCCAAGAGGUUCACUUUAGGACAGAUUCCUCUAAAACCUCCCCCUGCUAACAUGCUAGUCGUCUGACACCGUGUCUCUAAGAAAACUGGACUCAUUUUAAAUGACAUCCUUUGCACCAAAUCAAUCUUCAGAAUGAUUUAUUUUUAUUUUUUGCUAAGUUGUAUUACUCCUCUAUAAUAAAAAUUACAACAAAUCAUUAAAGAUAUCAGUAUUCA